AUAUUUACUUUUGUGCGUAUUUGUGUAGACCAUUCGUGGGUGGGAGACAGACAAACCUUGGCUGCCAAAAGACAGAGUAGACGAGCUGUCAGUCAAUAUGGACAAUUUCAAGACUUGGUUGGAGGGGAAGGAGGGUGAGCAAAACAAGACAUCUGGAUUCAGUGCUCCUGUUUUCACAUCUGAAGAAGUGUACGAGAAGAUAUUCAGUUUGCAAGACAAGGCUGCCAGCAUUAAGAGAAUCCCCAAGCCAAAGCCUAAAGUUGAGAAGCCGGUAAAGAAUGAAACUGAGACCAACUCAGAGAAUGCGAAAACUUCUGACUCAACUCCCGAGAAGGACACCUCUCAAAAUGACAAACCAGCUGGGGACUCAGAUAGCUCAACCAAUGAAGAAGUUAAUGUAGAAUCAGAGCCCCACGAUGAGCUAUAAUCAGUUUAACACAACAAGCACGGACUUUUUUAAACUAACUAUCAGCCUUCUGACUUAGUAGAGACUAUGCAUUCCAGCAAAUUUACUUUAUGGGAGAAAUGACAGCUUUGCCUUACUUUACUGUUGCGGAGAUUGAUGGUUUGAUGGUCGGAUUGUGUCCGGUGGUUGAAAGGCUGUUUGCUGAAGGAUUUUCAGUUUCCUCCAUCAUCAGCCAGCGACGAUGCUUCCUUGAUAGCAGAGGAGCAUUUCUUGGUAGUGUAGCUUGCCCCAUAAAGAGUUUUGGAGACAAUACAAAUGUUAAAGAGGGUUUUGGUUAUGGAAAGAGGAUAAUUUAUGAUCCUUAUAAUGAAAUAUAGAUAGAUUCUCAGGCAAAGAACACAAGGACUAGUCUCCUUGGAAUUAAUCUGUAUUGGGUUUGGGUGCUAAAUGGUUUAGAACACCCUUUUGUCAUGCCAAAUGGUUUAUGCCAACUAUUGGUUCUUGAGUAUAAUCCAUGAGAUGGUUCAGUC